AUGGCAAGCGGCCGAGACGCCGACUCGGACGGCGUCAACGGGCGCACCGCAGACUGCCAGUCGCCAAUGGACACCACAUACGAUGACGGCGUCUCACAGGGCCCCAAAGGGCAAAGGCAUUUGGCUUUUCCGAACCAUGCCCACUUGGGAUGUUCUAGCGCGAACGAGGGGCAGGGCCAGAUUCGACCAGUGUACGGAGUCUCAGAGUCUAGCAGAGCCUCUAGUGAUCGCCAGGAGAAAGAUUUCUCCAACGAACCCGGAACGAGUCCAGUGGAAUGGCAGUCCUUGGUUCGUAACUUGUUGGCAUUCAGCCCUCCCAAAGCCGGCAUUCGAAAAGAGAAAGGUGCCACCAAACAGAACAUUCCAGCCCCCAAGGACCACAGUCAAAAGCCUGGCCGCAUCGGUACAUCGACAUGGGGGAAAUGGGAAAUAUGCCACCGAGAGCGGAGUCUGAAGCCCGUCCCCACAUUCACUGCGCCGAGCUGA